AUAAAAGACUUCUCUUCCCUGUAAUGGGUUCAGAAGCCAGUCAAAACUCACGAGUCCACUGCCCCGAGCAAACCCCAUACACUGCGUCUGUGUGAGAGAGAGAGGGAGUGAGAGAGCGAGCUGUCUCCAUCACUGAGAUCUUUUAGCAGGAACUGGCUUCAUUUUGUCAUCUGACCUCUGGACAUUUCCACCGUCGACUGGGAAAGUUGACGGCGUAACUUCCGCUCUUUGUUAAAAGUGUCAUUCUUCCUUCUAGGUUUGAACUGAAGGAAUGGUGCAAAUCAGAUAGUGGGGACCGUUUGCUCUGAAGUCCAGGCAGGCAUAAGCUCUUCAAGGAGUCCACCAUGAUCGCAACAGUCUUUUUGCUCCUUUGCGGUACAGUAGGACUGGCACAGUCAGAAAGACACUCGCAGUAUCCGGGGCACCAGGAUCACAAGCAAAGGGUGCAAGAUCACAGGGCACCAACAGACCCACAACUGUCUUCGCUGCCUGAGGAAGCCUGGGAAAGAGAGCUUGUGAGAGAGGAAAUCCUGAGCCAAGCUCCUGCCACUGCGGCAGAGGCAGACAAUUACGACAUCGGGAACCAUCCAGCCAGAAAGAACUGGUGUUCCUUCGUUCGGUCCCGGCUGGUCACGUACAGCACGGCUUGCAAGACAGAGAAGUACAUCGUGAAGUCACAGGAGCUGUGCCCAGAGGGGGCUCCAGAAUGCCAGAAGAUCAUGUACAGAAUGGCUUUGAAUCCAGUCUACCAGGUGAAGCAAAAAGUCAUCACCUCUUUGCAUUGGAAGUGCUGCCCUGGCUACAUGGGCAAGAACUGUGAGCACCAUGAGCCAAAUUUUCUUCUGGGGGCCACCAAUCAGCCCGGAGGCUGGGAAGAAGAAGCAUUUGCAAGUCAAAGAGAGAUCACAGAGACCCACCAGAAGCAAGAGGCGUUGUUGGUGGAUCUGCAGAACGAUAUUCACCAAGCAGCGACCAACCUGGGAGUCUUACAGAAGGCGCUGCAGCCUAAUGACAGCAGCACAAGUGGAGAAAGGAGCCACAGACAUCCAGAUGCGCAGGGACAAUUCCUCCUGCACCCACUUUUGCCUCACAUGGAGAGUUUCUUGAAAGAGCAUUUGAACCCUGUCUGGGCAAGCUUUAAUAAAAGCCUGCAGGAGCUUUCUCUCGCCCUGAGAAACCUUUCACAGAAUGUCGAAGCCAACAGGAAAAGCAUAGAGAGAUUCCAAGAAAGCACUGUGCCCAAGAAAGACCUGCAAGAGUUGGGCGCCAAGUUUGAAUCCAAAGUUCAAGCCAACCUCUUGAGGGCCGACCAGAUGAAGAGAGACAUCGAGAGUCAUUUGCACCUGCAGCAGGCGGCCAUCCACUACAACCUGACCUCGAUCAAAGCAGACACGGACAUGAAGCUCAAGAGGCACCACAAGAUGCAGCACUCUCAGUGGUCAGCCUUAAACAGCAGUCUCACAGGCCUGAGGCAAGAACAGCACAAGCUUCAGCGUGAGCUUGAGGCCCUUAAUGGGAACCUAGCAGUACAAUUUGGCAGUCCGAAGGAGGCAUUCACUGUGGCAGAAGUUCAGAUUGUAAACCAGACCUUGGCAAGGCAUGCUGAACAACUCAAGGAACUAUUUGAAGCCUCAGAUGAGGACUAUGAAGAACUAACUAAUGCAAUCGAGGCCUUAAAAGCCAACUCAAAGCAUGAGAUGGAGGAGCUGAGAGUAGAUUUAAUGGAGAAGAGUCUUAUAAUAGAAGAAAACAGAGUAGAUCAGGAAAGGAAAAUUCUAGCGCUCAACCAUACUCUGGCAAAUAUCCAAGAAAGUCAUCAGGAACUGCAGAGGUAUGUGAAAGCAUGCCAUUGUGAAAGUCUUCCUUCAGGUGUUGAUAAGGAAGAUCAAGAAAACAUCACCCAGAUCAACAGAGAAGAAAUGAAGCAACUGGAGGCUCGCUUAAAAGACCUUACAGCAGCUUUCCCCCUUAUGCAUCAGUCUCUCCAUUUCCAACAGGAACAGAGUCGGAAGCUUGAAGUUGCCACGUCUCUUCUUAAGUCUCACACUGAGACUCUGUCUGAGAACAUCAGCAUCCUGCAAAGAAACGAUGAGAAGAUACAUGGGCACAUCAAGUAUCUCAACAGCUCUUUCAACUCCCUGCUUUUAGAUGCAAUGAGACAUGAGAAAGCACUUGAGGCCUUGCUUGGAGAGGAAACGAUGGAAGUCUUGUUGGAAGAUGAUCCCGAUGCUUUAUUGCCGUCACUUCAAGUGAUGACUGUUGGAUUGAUUUCAGACAGUCUCCAAAAGCAAAGUAAGAACCUGGAAUCUCUGAUGAAGAGAAUUGACACUUUGGAGAUGGAUUACAAGAACAACGCCAAUACCCAUGAGUCUCUUGAGCAUUCUGUCCUCAAGAAGCAAGUAAAAGACGCAUUACAAGAGGUCAGCACCCAGCCCAGUAGAGUAGAAGACAUGGAACCAAACCAUGAGGCUUCCAUAGAGGAUGCCCUGGACAAUCCAGCAUAUCAUGAUCUCAUGACCCUAAAGAAAGAGAUUGGGAACCUCAGCAGGGAGAUGAAGAAAAAUACAUUGCAAUGGGAUCGCACUCUUUCCUGCUGUAAUCAGACAAAGGCCGACUUAGUUGAAACACUUAGCAUUUCAGUGGAGAAUCUGAGGGAAGACCUUGCAUUAAUCCAGCAAAACGUUGAGGAACAUCUACAGAUCUUCCAAAAGCUCUUUGGAAGUCAAAAAGAAUUAGCUGCUGCCAAUGUCACUUUGGAUGUUGCAAAGAUUCAGUUGUUGAUGGGCAGAAGGCUGAGGAAGCAGCUGAAAGGUCAAGAGAGGCAAAAAAGGAAAGAUCCAAAAGAGCCUGGUGACCACAGAGAAGUUGACUUAAAUGGAAGAAACAAGAUACAUACAGAGAUCCCAGAGACAGGCACAGCCGUGGCAUUUUAUGUAAGAUAUCCAGAAGAAAGAGAAGAUGUACCACAUUUCAGCGGGAUGCAUCUUAAUUACGGCAAGGGUUACUUUCCUGAACAGGGCUACUUCAAGGCCCCUCAUAAUGCUGUUUAUAUGGUUGCUGUCAACAUGGACCUUCCUCCAGCUCCUGCCUUGGGCCGACUGGCUUUAAGCAAUGGGAAAAGAAUGAUCCUGAUGGGCAACAAGAAGAGAAAGGCAAACGGAGGCUCCCUAACUAAUUUUGUGCUAGUGGAGCUCAAGAGAGGGGAGCACAUGUGGUUUGAACUGGUGCAGGGUGCUGCUGUGACACAGAACCCGGCAGGAUUGAGCAUGGCUGGAUUUCUGAUAUUCAAAACUUGACCAGGGGCCUCAAUGUGAGUGAUCCUUUCCCAUAAGCACAGCAAAGUUACUACUGAGGAUAUAGUCUCUCAGGUUUGCUACGUGCCUUUUUAAAGGUAGUCCUCUCCUCAAGUUGGCUCAGUGCUGCUUUCUAGAAAUAGCUCGUUAGCUACUUAGUACUGUCACAAGCAUGGAGGAGGAAAAGGGGCAUUCAUUUUCCUUCUUCUCUGUGCUGAAGAGCCGCUCAGUCAGACAGCAGUGUGACAUCUUUCAUUCUGUUCCCCUUCUUCAGUUUCAAAAUAGGCCCAUCUCUCUUAUCCACAGUUGCAUAGCUAGGCUGUAGCCGCUGUUGUGCGAUGAUGAUUGAGCCUUUAAGCAUGCUAACAUGCUUAGGCUACAAUUCUAUACAGAUUUAUGGGUCAGUCAUAUUGACUUUAAGAGGGCUUACUUCUGAAUAGACACAUAUAGGAUUUACUGCUUGUGUAUAUGCUUAUCUAUCCACUCCUGUUUACCUUACACAGGUUGUGGAUUACUUUGCAAAUUUUAGUAUUUCAUUUGAGGGCAUGAAUCACAGAAACUUUCAGAAAUGAGUGUUUGUUCAGUGUACACCCUGAAAACUCUGACAUUAAAUGUUAAUUUCUAGACCAGUCUAUUAUAUACUAUCAAAACAUUUAACUUCUUUAGGGUGUGAUUCUAAUGCAGUUCCAACAAUGUAUAUAGAUAAAUCCUUUGCCUUGUGAAUAUACUUUUUUAAAAUUAUCUGCAUGUUCUUUGAUACUAUUAAACUUAACAGGAAAUGAAA